AUGUCUCUUCCUCUAAGCUCGGAAGAGGAAAACAACUAUACCUCCAUCAUCGAUGGCAUCCUUGCGACUGCAGACCUGACCACCAUUACCCGGAAGAAGAUUCGUCUGGGAUUGGAGAAGGCUCUUGGCGGCAAAGACCUCAGUGACCAGAAAGAUGCCAUCAAGGCACUGAUAGAAGAGCGUUUUGAUGCCAUCUCCGGAUCGCAGGACGCCGUCCCGAUUGCUGAUUCUUACUCGGCAAGUCCUGCACCCAAGAGGGAAGCAAACGGUCACGAUGACGACGACGGAGACGGCGAGAUCGAAGUGUCCGUUGCGCCUGUCAGAAAGAGACAGAAGCGCGAGGACUCAUCCGAAGACGCGGAUGCCAAGCUCGCCGCCGAGCUGCAGGCGCAGGAAAACAGAAUGGCCAGAGGACGGACGACUCGUGGCGGCAAUGGCGCGCCCAGCAAGGCAACUAAGAAAAAGAAGGCACCGCGGAAGAAGAGCGACAAGAAAGUUGACGACAGCGAUGUCGAGGAGGGCGCAGAGCCGCCAAAGCGCAAGGCCGGUGGGGGUUUCCAGAAACCAUUCAACUUGAGCGAGCCGCUGGCAGAGCUGCUCGGUGAACCUCAGGUCGUUAAGAAGCUCUGGGAGCAUAUUAAAGGCAACGAUCUUCAGGACCCCGAAAACAAGCGGCAAAUCCGUUGCGACGACAAAAUGCAUGCCAUUUUCAAACAAUCUAGAGUGGACAUGUUCCAGAUGAACAAAAUGAUCGGCGCGCACCUUUACCCGGUCGAAGAGCAGUAG